AGAAGCUGGCUGGCAUCUGACCCACCAUGACACCCACAGAACUCACAAGCCGUAUUCCUGGUAUGUUUGAUGACUACAGCUAUGACUCCACUGCUCCCACAGAUGACUACAUGAAUUUCAACUUCAGUAAUAGCUUCUUCUGUAAGAAAAACAAUGUCAGGCAGUUUGCGAGCCAUUUCCUUCCACCUCUGUACUGGUUUGUGUUCAUUGUGGGUACUCUGGGCAACAGCCUGGUUAUCCUUGUCUACUGGUAUUGCACAAGAGUGAAGACUAUGACUGACAUGUUCCUUUUGAAUUUGGCAAUUGCUGAUCUGCUCUUUCUCGCCACGCUUCCCUUUUGGGCUAUUGCUGCUGCUGGCCAGUGGACAUUCCAGACCUUCCUGUGCAAGGUUGUGAACAGCAUGUACAAGAUGAACUUCUACAGCUGUGUGCUACUUAUCAUGUGUAUCAGUGUGGACAGAUACAUUGCCAUUGUACAGGCCAUGAAGGCUCAGAUCUGGAGGCAGAAAAGGCUGCUGUAUAGCAAGAUGGUCUGCAUUACUAUCUGGGUGAUGGCAGCUGUGCUCUGCACCCCAGAAAUCCUGUACAGCCAAAUCAGUGGGGAAUCUGGCAUUGCCAUCUGUACCAUGGUAUACCCUAAGGAUAAGAAUGCCAAGCUGAAAUCAGCUGUCUUGAUCCUGAAGGUAACCUUGGGGUUUUUCCUCCCUUUUAUGGUCAUGGCCUUCUGCUACACUAUCAUCAUUCAUACCCUGGUACAGGCCAAGAAGUCAUCCAAGCACAAAGCCCUAAAGGUGACCAUCACUGUCCUCACUGUUUUCAUUAUGUCUCAGUUCCCCUAUAACUCCAUUCUUGUAGUGCAGGCUGUUGAUGCCUACACCAUGUUUAUCUCCAAUUGCACUAUUUCCACCAAUAUUGACAUCUGCUUCCAGGUCACUCAGACCAUUGCAUUCUUCCACAGUUGCCUGAACCCAGUUCUCUAUGUUUUUGUGGGUGAGAGAUUCCGCCGGGAUCUCAUGAAGACCCUGAAGAACUUGGGAUGCAUUAGCCAGGCCCAGUGGGUUUCAUUCACAAGGAGAGAGGGUAGUUUGAAGCUUUCUUCCAUGCUACUGGAGACAACUUCAGGGGCUCUCUCCCUCUGA